UAUGUGGGGAAAGAGGCCACCACUGUCCUUAGGGACAGCAGUGAUGAGGAUGCAGAAGGAGGGCAUCCUUGCAAAGAGCCGUGGCUGCCAGUCUGUUAAGCUUGUGGCAGUGUUUUCCUGUUAAAUCCCAAUUAACUCAGUUUUAAAUGCUGAGUCCAGGCAAGUGUGUGAUAUAGAAGGACUCCUCAAGACAACUCAGCUCUGAAGACAAUCUCUGCUAACUCAGAACACUACCAGGAUUGAUUUCCCACUGGUAGUUGACUUGGAGCAACUCUUUUUUUCUGAGUGACUGGAAUGAACCUUACUGCCUUCAGUGAUUAUAAUUCAUGCGUCUCUAAAACCACAAGGAUAGCUGGACUCCAGAUACCAACAUGACUGAGCGCUUUGACUGCCACUACUGCAAAGAGUCCCUGUUUGGUAAGAAGUACAUCCUGAAGGAGGACAGCCCCUAUUGUGUGAAAUGCUAUGAAAACCUUUAUUCCAAUACCUGCGAGGAAUGUAAAAAACCUAUUGGCGCUGACUGCAAGGAUCUGUCUUACAAGGACCGCCACUGGCAUGAAACCUGCUUCCACUGCUUCCAGUGCAAGAAUUCAUUGGUGGACAAACCUUUUGCUGCAAAAGAGGAACAUCUACUUUGUACUGACUGCUACUCCAAUGAAUACUCUUCCAAAUGUAAUGAGUGCAAGAAGACUAUUAUGCCAGGUACUCGGAAGAUGGAAUACAAAGGCAACAGCUGGCACGAGACCUGCUUUAUCUGCUACCGCUGCCAACAGCCUAUUGGGACAAAGAGUUUCAUCCCUAAGGACCAUCAAAACUUUUGUGUACCCUGUUAUGAAAAGCAAUUUGCCAUGCAGUGUGUCCAGUGCAAGAAGGCUAUCACUACAGGAGGUGUUACUUACCGGGAGCAGCCAUGGCAUAAGGAGUGCUUCGUUUGUACUGGAUGCAAGAAGCAGUUGUCUGGACAACGCUUUACCUCCAGGGAUGAGUUUGCAUACUGCUUGAGCUGCUUCUGCAACCUCUAUGCCAAAAAGUGUGCUGGGUGCACAAACCCAAUCAGUGGACUUGGAGGAACCAAGUACAUCUCCUUUGAAGAACGGCAGUGGCAUAACGAUUGCUUUAACUGUAAGAAGUGCUCUCUUUCAUUGGUGGGUCGUGGCUUCCUCACAGAAAGGGAUGACAUCCUUUGCCCUGAAUGUGGGAAGGAUAUCUAAAGCUCAAACUAAGAGGUGAGGAAGAAGGGAGGAAAGCCGUGCUUCCAAUAUAUAGUCUGAAACACACGGAUGUUCAGAACUAGCUUUUCCAUUCGUGUCUCGCUGUACUAUUAACAUUACUUAGCCUUUUUCAUUAUACUCUCCAAGUCUGGAGGGAAAACAACUCAAAUAUCUCCAGUAGCAGUGUUGGUGUUUAAGAUUUCUACAGCAAACAAAAACUGAUUCAAAAUACAAGAUGUAAAACCAUUUGGCUGUUUUUGACAUCCAUACUAUUUUUCAUGUUUGUUUUUUUCCUUCCAGUAAAUAUUCCAGCAAGUGAUACAGUUCAAGGAUUACAAUGGCCACACACAAUACAUUCAUAGGUGGAUAUUUAGGGUGAAACCUUCAGCCCACUGAAAUCAACAGCAAAUCCCAUUCAAUUUCAGUAAAGUGAUGGUCUCACCCCCGUGUUCUUGAGCUAUGUGACUAGUGUGUGCUGUCAAAUCUGUAUAAAGACUGCAAAGGUAGAGUGUGUUUCAAUGUACAGGGAUUUGUGCCAUGCCAUAAAGAGAUAAUGAUAAUUGGGAGUGCGUCACAAUAGGUACAGUUUAUUGCAUGACUAGCUGAUCAUUGUGGGAAGUACAAGUUCUGAUUGACAGUGUCAGUAUUCCAGUUAGUUGACAUUACACUGCACAGUGUAUUUUUCAAAAUAAAAUAAUUUAAAACAAAACUGGGAUUGUGGUUUAAUUGUAUUUACAUGUUAUUUACAAGUAAAAUGUUCUA